AAAUUUGUAUAUAAAUCGAAGCUUUUGUCGAAUAUGACAUCAGAAAUCAUUCAGCUGUACAGACAAGAUCAUUACAAAUCUUGUGCUUAAGAAUUCGAAGUGAACAAAAAAAACAAUUUCCAAGAUGAAAUUCAUCGUGUUAGUUCUUUUCUGCGCUAUUGCAUACGUUUCUGCUCAAGAAGAAUUGGAACUUGAGGAUACAAUGGAUUAUAUUCCAACUCGUUUCCGACGACAGGAUAAUCCUCGCAGAGGAUCCAUCGUUAUUCAAGGAACUAAAGAGGGAAGAAAUCGUCCAUCCUUGGAUAUUGACUAUAAACAUCGUGUCUACGAUAAGAAUGGAAUGACAGGAGAGGCUUAUGGUGGAGUAAACAUUCGUCCUGGACAGCCUAGUCGACAACAUGCCGGAUUCGAAUUUGGAAAAGAAUAUAAGAAUGGUUUCAUCAAAGGACAAAGUGAAGUUCAACGUGGUCCUGGUGGCAGACUUUCACCAUACUUUGGAGUAAAUGGUGGAUUUAGAUUUUAAAAUAUUUUUAAAUAACAAUUGACAUAAAUUAGCGAUUUACGUAGCAUUUAAUAAUUAUUUAUUCCAGUAUAAUGCAUUUAUUUCAUUUUGAUCUUAAUAAUUUAUAAAAAUUAAUAUUGAUUGGUAUGAUAUUGAAUAUUGGCAGAUCGUAAUUCGGAUUGUAAUUCAAUUGUAUUAAUUGUAAUAUAAGAGAUUCGAAUAAACAUAAUUUUAUCAUUAUAAA